GCCAUGGAUAACCAGUUACCAAUUCAGGAAACAGACAUUCGCAAGGACGUCCCUGAGGAGCUCGCUAAAGAAGCUCUGCGCAUACGGGAUAUGUUCGUUAUCGAUGAGACCAAACUAAAAGAGAUCACCGGUCGUUUUCUUUCGGAAUUACGAAGAGGCCUAGAAAGCGACGAUAGUGACAUCCCAAUGAACGUAACCUGGGCCAUAGGCAUUCCCACGGGCCACGAAACAGGCACAUACCUCACCCUUGACAUGGGCGGCACAAACCUCCGCGUUUGCGAAGUCACCCUCACCUCCACCCCCGGCGGCUACGAAAUCAUCCAGUCCAAAUUCAAGCUCCCCGAGGAUCUCAAAGUUGGCCUCGCGGACUCGCUCUGGGAGUUCAUCGCGGACUGCCUAUACCAAUUCCUGGAAGAACACGGACAACUUGGAAACAGGGGAAAGAAUGAGGUGAAGCUACCGUUGGCAUUCACGUUUUCGUUUCCAGUUACGCAGGAGAGUAUAAGGCAUGGGGUGCUGCAGCAGUGGACGAAGGGGUUUAAUAUCUUGGGCGCGGAGGGGAAAGAUGUCGUGCUGCAGUUAGAGAGGGCGUUGAAGAUGAGAGAGCUUCCUGUUGAGAUUGUUGCGUUGGUGAACGAUACCACGGGGACGUUGAUUGCUUCUGCAUAUAAGGAUCCGGAGAUUCAGAUUGGGAGUAUCUUCAGCACGGGGUGUAAUGCGGCUUAUAUGGAGGAUUUCGGGUCGAUUUCUAACAUCGCGCAUCACAAGCUUCCUCCAGACACACAGAUUGCUAUAAACACUGAAUGCGGUGCUUUCGAUAACUCCCAUCGCAUCCUCCCACGCACGUCCUUCGAUCUCGAAAUCGAUAAUACAUCUCCCAAACCCGGUCAGCAAAUCUACGAGAAGAUGGUCGCGGGUCUGUACAUCGGCGAAAUCGUCCGCUUAAUCCUCCUCCAUCUCCACGAUUCCUAUGGCCUCUUCGCAGAAAGCAACGACAUUACCCGCCUCCGCAUGCCAAGCGCAAUCGACUCUUCUAUCCUCUCCAAACUAGAAGAAAACCAUUCCUACAACUCUGACUCUUCCACUGAGAUCCAAUCCCUUUUCCGCGACUGUCUAGGUAUUAACCCAGCGUCCUACGAACUCAAUCUGUGCUGCUUCGUUGCGGAAUUCGUAUCUACUCGGGCGGCGAGAUUAUACGCGUGCAGCAUUGCGGCAAUCUGUAAGAAAAAGCAGAUCAGAUCUUGCUCGGUGGGGGUCGAUGGGUCUGCGUUUACCAAGUAUCCACGGUUUAGGGAGAGGGCUGUUGGUACGUUACGAGAGAUUUUGGAUUGGCCGGAGGGGGAGGAAGAUUUGAUUCGUUUUAGGCAUGCGGAGGAUGGGUCUGGGGUUGGGGCUGCGUUGAUUGCGGCGUUGGCUGAGAAGGUGGGGAGGCAGGAGGGAUGAUGUUGUUGGGUUGUGGUUUCUGGAAGAGUUUAUCGAUUCAAAGUCCAGCUUCAACUCAUACUGUGUCUCCCACACUGUUUUGUCCUUCACUUGGUUAUGUCAGGGCAUUCACUGGCUAAAUGGAAGUGCUAAUCAUUAAACCCCUAUACACCCACCUAUUAUCUUUUCUCCCUUUGUCCCUUUCUUCUCAAUGCCAACACUGCCCAACCUUGUAUCUCAACACCAUACCAUCACCCUUUAUCUCAAGC